UACUAUAACAAGUCCGCACCAGUCCCGAAAGAAACCUACAGACAAGUAGUGGAAAGACGGAGAUCGAGUCGGUUGCGUUGAGGUCCUUCGGGUUUAUCGUGUAUUUCUGACGGAGACCUCCCGGUGAAAGUGACCGGUUUGGGGUUUUGUUGGUGUCUGCUUUGAAGGAUACUGUGAAUAACAAGAUAAGGAUUGUUAUACGAGGGACUAUGGCAGUUUUAGUGGACAACUUAACGCCGCGGUUGUUGGCUCUUCUGUGGUCGACCGUGCUGCUGAGCAGAGGCGCAGCUGACUGCCCUAAACCACCAGAGAAAGAGCACAUCGUCCUCACCAACGAAUCACUUUUAAAGAACGCUUUCCCCAAGGACACUGAAGUCACGUUUGUCUGUACGAAUGGCUAUGAAAAACACAACGGCUCCGAAAGCAUUACGUGCACUGGUACGGAGUGGACCGAGCCUGACCUCAUGUGUAAAAAGAAGGACUGUGGAUAUCCGCAAAAACUUCCGAACAUGAUAUUGAUUGUGAAUGAUGGUACCCUAUUAGGCGCUUCAGUAAAAGUAACCUGUGAGGAAGGCUACCGAGUCAUUGGGUCUUCCUUCAAACGCUGCUUCGCUAAUGGAUGGAUCGGGAGAUCAAGGUGUGACCUUAUUGUUUGCGACGUGCCCAGUGAGGUCAUCAGUGGCCAACACACCUGGACCUCUGCAGAAAAGCCGCGCCACGGCGACGUCAUUCAGUACUCCUGUGACGCCGGCUUCACCCUCAACGGCACCAGCCACGUCAUCUGCCAAGGCAGGGGCGUUUACAACACGACACCUCCAACCUGUGAAGCUGUAGUUUGCGACCUGCCCAGUGAGAUCAACGAUGGCCGGCAUCUCUGGACCUCUGCAGACCGGCCACGCUACGAGGACGAGAUUCAUUACUCCUGUAACACCGGCUUCACCCUCCACGGCAGUAGUCACCUUAUAUGCCGAAGCCCGGGCGUUUACAAUGCAGCCCCUCCAACGUGUAAAGAAGACGAAUCCACUACCCCUACAUUGAAUAUAACCUCAACCCCUCACGCUUCAAUACAAGGUGGCAUAUAUACGGUAGCGGCGACAGAGGAUAAUCUGAUGAAUACGGAAGCCUCCAGCCGCUCCUCACCGUCCUUAGCAGCAGUGACCGUACCAGCAACACCUGGGACUCAUGGUGCAAAUACCAUUAUGACAACGCACAAACAUGCAAUCUCGACAAAAUCCAGGACUCCAGUGGCGAGUACCCCGGAGUCUCUCGUCAGAGGUGGCAUAUAUACGGUAGCGGCGACAGAGGAUAAUCUGAUGAAUACGGAAGCCUCAGGCCGCUCCUCACCGUCCUUAGUAGCAGUGACCGUACCGGCAACACCUGGGACUCAUGGUGCAAAUACCAUUAUGACAACGCACAAACAUGCAAUCUCGACAAAACCCAGGAAUCCAGUGGCGAGUACCCCGGAGUCUCUCGUCAGAGGAAACCUGAAGGAACUUGAUAACAUUAAGGACCCGGAUAGCGAUACCAAGGAUGCGGUUUCUUUAAGACGUAAGAUCGUGGCGGCCAGUGUGUUAAGCACCUUAUUAGUGGUGCUCCUCGUGGUGCUGCUGAUCUUUUAUGUAUAUCGGUACAGGUGGAGGAGAGGCAACGCUAUCACUUCCAAUGAAGAAUACAAUGUCUGUUAUCAUGGAGGGUCUGAGGGCCAGUGUGGACCUGCUUUCCCCUCCAAGGAGCCAUACCCGGCACAUCCUCAGACACAAUGACACUGCAGACAUCAGUGAAGGUCUGCAACUAGAAGAAACGCUUCCAUGAAGGGGCGCACACUUUAUUUAUACAGUUUUUAUAUUCUUGAAGUUAAUAUAAAUACAAAAUAAUUAUUAUUUGUAUGUACUCGGACCACGCUUGUCUUUGCAACCAUGAUACUUUGAUGAACGAUGGACAAUAAAAUGUUAGGUAUUAAUUUAAGCCGACCGCAUUGGUUAGUCGUUGUCAGAGAAUAGAAUGUUGAGGGGUAAGAAGAAAUGUAAAUGAUUACAAUUAAUCCCACAUGGUGUCACUAGCCUUUCCUUAAGAGCACCUACAAAGGAGAAAAGUUCCCCUGUAGAAAUGCUAUUGACGAUAAUAAUAUUCUUGCAGAGAUAGAUGGACAGAGUCUAUCUAGAUAGAUGGACAGACAGGAACUGUGGGUCCUGACAGAGGAACUGUGGGUCCAGACAAAGGGAACAUUCACAGCCGCGGCUCCCAUGCAAAGGAACACAGCCUGUGUUCUGCCACGGGGUCGAGGGGGGAAUUAUGUGGAUAUAAAGAACACUGUGCUAGACACCCAACUCCAGCGUGCCAAACAUUUGAAUCCGUUGUACUGUGAUCAUGAGAUGGCUGAGAGGAUGUCUUGUUCUCCCCCCGUCCGAUGUUACUGAAGUAGAGGUCAAAUGAACAUGGGACGUCAGUCUGCUUGGCGUGACAUGAGAGAAUGUUUAAUUUCAUUCAACUGUUUCACUUUAUGUCCAGGGAUAAUAAACCACUCCAUACCAAGGUAUUUUAUGGCCACUAUGUUUUAACUUUACUAGCCCAUACUUCUAUCUAUAGUUUUAGGACUGAUAACCCUCUGUCUAACGGGGGUCACAGAGAGGAACUGCUAGGGCUUAAGUCUUAAACAGGAUGAGGGGGGGGUUUCCCAUGUUUUUCAGUUUUAUGAAUGGACCCCUGAUCUCACUGAUCUUAGCCCCCACUUGAAUAUAGGCCGAAUUUGAAAGGAUAUCUUUCAACAGUUUCCCACUGCUAAAAUAUUAUGAGUGAUAUGGGAAAAAAGUAUUUGCAACAAUGUAGACAAUGAAUCUGAUAUGUUAAAGAUGAUUUGUCAGAUUGUCAUGGGACUUCUCGUUUGUUCAAUUUCAGACUUCAAAGUAGGCUUAAGCAUUUUGGCACUCAUUACCAUACUCAGCUUGGAGCGUGGAAACCUCUCAUGUUUCUGGUUAUCUUAGAACCAAUUUCUAAUGGCAAACAAUAGAUAUGUGUACAAGAAUGAAUAUGUGAUAUGGUUGUAUAACAAUCGGUAUAUUUAUUUUAUAGGCCAUGUUUACUAUUCAUAUCAAGAAGUAUCUUUGUUUUGGGGCCUAAGGUUCCAACCACACUGGCUUUGUGUAAUCAUAACACACGGAGGUUCUAUCCACAGCUUUGUGUGCUAGUGGGCCACCUUCUUUAAAUAAAGGUAUUUCGGAAGGCAAAUUUAUGCGUCUAGUUUUUUCCUUGCAGGUUGGAUUCAAGAUAUUUUGAUUUAUUUGCUAGGACUGAAAUGAAAACAAGAUUAAACUGGUUAGAUAAGUUGAGUGGGCCACUCCCAGCUAGGUGAUUAGAUUGUUUAUAUUUCCGAAGCAACUCUAUAAUCAAGCCGUACCAGCUGUGUCUACAAUCACAUGACAAGCCGAUGACUUUCUGACUUCUCCUUACAGUUACACCUCUCUCUAAGUAGGCCUAUCUAGCUUCAGCCGGGCGCGUAAUGUUGUUGACAUCUGCCGAGGGAAGGUUUGGCUGGGUGCCCUACAGCAUCCGUCACCCUGUCUAGCCACACCACAACAGACCACGCCACAGCACUGACCGCACGAUGACGGCUAUUGCCAAAGGAAGCUAUAGUCACAGUGGAAAGAAAAGGAUGGCUUGGGUUUUCUUCACAUUGCGGACACUCCCUUUAAACUGAGUCACUCCGAUUCCUCAGAAUGUAAAGCAUCAUGCAUUUGGCUGCGUGUUGUUGUUGUUGGUAUGCUUCUGUUGGCAUGGCAACGCUGAUUUGAAUACGAUAUUCUUACCUUUCAACUCCCGCUGCCAGGUCGGCAGCUCUGUUUAGUUAGUUGACAAGCGAUGAGAGAACAUCUGUUUCAACACUCAGAAGUAGAUCAAAAGAUACAAGAGCCAGCAUAGGAUUACGGUGAAUAUGGUAUCAUCCAAUGGUCUUUAUUUGAUUCAUGCAAUGGUUGAUAUAUUUUUAGGUGUAAUACAUCGUUGAUGUGUGUGAUUCCUUCGAAGACUGGAAGCCAAAUAGGCCAGAGGGUCACCACAUAUAUGUGAUUAGCAGAGGUGUCAAGUAACUAAGUACAAAUACUUUGUUACCUUACUUAAGUAGAAAUUUUGGGUAUCUAUACUUUACUGGAGUAAUUAUUUUUCAGCCUACUUUUUACUUCUACUUCUUACAUUUUCACGCACUUAUCUGUACUUUCUACUCCUUACUUUUUAAAAAUGGCCUCGUUACUCCUAUUUAAUUUCGGCUUGUUUUUAUUCCGCCGGCGUUCAAAAAAAAACCCAUCCAGAUAAUUUGCGCCAUAGGAUAGAGUGAAUUUGAUUGGUUGGAUGAGAAUAG